GCUGUUAUCACAAAUUCCCUCUCUAUAUAAGGUCUCUGAGAAGAUGAGCUUUCCAUCUCCCCUCUGGAAGUCUCAUAAUUCUGCAAGAAUGAACACCAUCAUGGCCUGCCUUCUUGCUCUUGCCAUCAGCAUGCCACUGUCUGAUGCUUCUUGUUUCUACAUGCCAUUCAAGCCAGGGAUGUCUAAUGGUGUGGUUGUAGGCUGCCUUGAUGGGGAAGGAAAGGUCCACGAAUUUGAUUCCAGAUGGAGGACCGAGGACUGCAACGACUGCUCCUGUUCCAAGACUGGAAUUGGCUGCUGCACCAGCUAUAUGACACCAGUCGGCUAUGAUGAAGAGAAAUGUGAACGCAUUUUCAGCAAGGACACUUGCUCUUAUAAAGUAGUGGAGAAAGAUGAUCACUCAAAAGAAUGCCCAGUCCACUCAUGGGUGGGGUAACAGAAGAAUGAUGGAUUGGGGGAAUAUUUCCUUUUAUUGUUCUGAUGGUUCUCUCACAAAUUCAAAACCACUAAAAACGCAACUGUUAAGUGAAAUCUACUCCUAAAACCCAACAUAUAAUGAAACUGAGUAUCUACUCACAAAAAUCUCCCUUAGUUUCUCUGCCUUAUGCUUCACCAUGAACAAACUGUCACAUGAACUGACCUGUUCCUUCAUGAAGGUCAGACAUUAAAGGUGACAUUUUAAAGCAUCCUUGGUAGCUGCUAAUCUGUGUUCUUCUCUUGUCAUGUUUCAGUGCCAAGGGGCAUAUUCCACAAUCUGUGCACACCUGUAUCUUAAAGCUAAAAUAAAAUCAUAUAAAGCAUCAG